CGGUGGGUCAUUUACAUUAGCGUCGCGGCGUUAUUCACGAGAAUGAUGAAAGUCUACCUUACUGCGCUGUUACUGAGCCUCGGUGCGCUUUUGGCGGAGGCGCAACUGAAGUGCACGGGAAAUCCCCGGAAGUACAACGGCAAGCCAUGCGCUUCAACGACACUGUACUCUGACGGCCGAAUGGGCGCCUGCGGCUGCGGGCCCAUUAACAGUAACAUGCAGUUUCGAUGGAGCAGCCACGGGCUCGUGGCGGCAGCCAAUCAGAACCUGUUUGACCCCUCGGGUGGUACCUGGUGCGGUCCGGCAUGCGGAAAAUGCGUCAAACUCACCACCACUGGUGGUUUUGUCAAAGGUCAGGGCCAACCCAUACGCGAGGGUCAGUCAAAGAUCUUUAUGAUAACCAACAAUUGUCCCAGUGUGUGGCUGAGCUGGUGCAGUCAACGGGGUCAAAACGGCGUCAAUCAGUACGGCUACGCAGCCCACUUUGAACUCGAAAACGGCGACCACCAGGUCCUCGGAAGAAUGGGCUGGUGGAACCCGGAAGUAACGUGGGAAUAUUCGAACUGUGAUGAAGGUCACACUCAGGAUGGGCGCACCCCUAGCAACUUCAUGUACCAACAGUGCCAGUGCAGACAUACUGGAAAGAAGUAACGCUUGGUGACUCGUGUUCGUCUAUGCAAAUAAAAAUGACUUAUGAUGAGAUAAGCUACCAACAACUACAGACGUGUUUGAACAACAUCUGCGGAAGAUAUUAUAACUGAAAUGCGACGUGUUGAAUUUUUGUUUUUUUCUUCGCAUAUUUCCUUUUGCCAUUUCAUACUAAAUUCAAAAUCAACGUCUAAGAAAAAUUUAAUUAAGGUUUCUCAGACAUUCCAAUUUGCCACCAGUCAAUACUUAAUGCUUUAUAUAUGCACUCAUGAUAGCAAAUGAAGUGUAUUAAGUGGAAUAAAGAAAA